AUGUCUGGUUAUGCAAAAAUCAUGAAGAACUUAAUGUCCCGAAAAUUCGAUUUCCAAGACUUGGCCACGGUGACUCUUACUCGGACCUGCAGUGCAGUGGUGACUAGACCAAUUGCUGAGAAGCUAUUUGACCCAGGGAGCUUUACAAUUCCCUGCACUAUUGGUAACUUCGCUUUCGCCAAAGCACUUUGUGAUUUAGGGGCUAGCAUAAAUCUUAUGCCUCUAUCGAUCUAUAAGAGGUUGGGGAUUGGAAGAGCUAGACCCACUUCUAUGUUGUUGCAGAUGGCUGGCAGGACCGUAAAAAGACCUUCUAAUAUCCUGGAUGAUGUGUUGAUUCAGGUAGGAAAAUUUGUGUUCCCUGCCGAUUUUGUGAUCUUUGACUGCAAGGUGGAUGAAGAAAUUCCCAUAAUUUUGGGAAGGCCGUUCUUGGCCAUUGGGAGAGCUCUUAUUGAUUUGCAUGUAAUUGUAGAAACUGAUGAUGAGAUGCUGACUAUUGAGGACCCUCUUCCUACAUGUCUGAUGAAUUUAGAUGAGGUUAAUGGAGAAGAAUUGGUAGAAUGGGUGUUGGCGUUAGAGGGCAGAGGGUUCUGGGAUAGAACUCUUGAAUUUGAGCCCUUACAUUUAGAAAAUAGAGAAACUCCUCCAUCCAAGCCAUCCAUUGAAGAACCACUAAAGUUGGAAUUGAAGCCACUGCCCGCCCAUCUCAGGUAUGAGUUACUUGGACCUGACUCCAUAUUACCAGUUAUUAUCUCAUCCAGCUUUUUAGAUGUGCAAGAACAAUAA